GCAGCCUUCACCCUCACUUUGCACGCUGAAGAACUGUUAGUCGGUGAAAGGCACCGACAACCCGAUCCAGCAAGACCACAGCCAGGAUCUGCCUAGACUGCUAUCGCUUGGCAGUCGUGCAGCUCGGGCCAGCAUGGAACCCGGCCCCAAGGAGUGCCGCUGCUUGAUGUGCCCGGAAUGCCAGAAGAAGAUUCGUGCUAAACUACCGGGUUGGCUGCAGGAGCAACCUGGCCUGAAAGAGCUCGAGGAACAGAAGCGGCUGUCGCAAGAAGCAGGAGAGGCUGGUUUUCCGGGCGCCGCUCUGCUGGUGACCAAAUCGUCAGCCGCUGCCGACAGAAUGCUUGCUUCAGCCCUUGGGUUUCGCCAAGGUUCAACUGAAAGCGACUCCUCCGAGUGCAGCCAGAAAACCGAGACUUCUGACGUGGGCUUCGGCGGCCCCAGUCCUGGAGGCACUCCUUCGAAAGUAGGAGAGGCCUCGAGCUCGGAGGGCCCUGGCCAGGCUGAAGCGAAGGAGCCCGAAUCGGGCGCAUUCCUAACCACUGGUUCUGCAAGCUCUCAGCUGCCUCGUGGAAGUCCAUGAUGGCGGCCGGGACCACCGACCACGGCGCUUCCAGCAGCCUUUGGGUCGUCAUUGAUGAAGCGAUGCGCACUGCAAUUAUCAAAAGCUUCGAUCUUUAGACAAUAAACGUGCUUUCGUUUCUUUUA